CUAAGCUUUUCAGUGCCCAACACUGGACUCAUGCCCACUCACUUGUCCACCCUUUGCAUUCUUCCUUUCUUUGUCUCUUGGCUCUCUCUCUCACUCAAUCACUCUUUCCCUCUCCAUCUCUACUUUACUGAGACCUAAACUGCUACUUUGAAUGAUAGAGGGGACCCAGUGUGUAACGCACACAUUCUGAGCUAAUUUAGAUAGCUAUAGCAGGUUGGAUCAGGAGCCCCUGUCUCUCUCUCUCUAUCUCUCUGUCUGUCCGCUCAUCUGUGGUUGUGUAUGGGAGAGGAGGGCUAACAUGGACUUGGUGGGUCUCUCUCUGCCUCUAUUACUUGUGUUUUGGCAAUGGACAACUACCACAGGCGCCGCCGUGACGUACUGGACGUACACGGGUUCAGUAGGCCAGUCCAAGUGGGCGGAUUACUUCCCAGACUGUGGUGGUAAGGCCCAGUCUCCGGUUGACGUGGCAACGGUCCAGACCCAGUAUGACCCCAGCCUGGGCCCUCUUACCCCCCUCGGUUAUAGACAGCACGGCAACAAACCCUUCAGCCUCUACAACAACGGACAUACAGUGGUGGUUCCUCUCCCAGGCUGGAUGGGUUUAGGGGGGCUGCCCUGGCAGUUCACGGCCGUCCAGAUGCACCUGCACUGGGGCAAUGGAGCCCCGGAGGCCGGGGGCAGCGAACACACCAUCAACGGUCAGAGCUCCGCAGCAGAGCUGCAUGUGGUGCACUACAACUCAGAGCUGUACCCUAACAUGUCAGUAGCUAUGACCCAGCAGGAUGGACUGGCAGUCCUGGGAGUCCUCAUAGAGACAGGUGAGGAGGCUAACCAGGCCUUUUGGAACAUUCUCAACUACCUGGGUCGCAUCAGACAUGCAGGUGAGACAGCUGGGCAGAGUGUGUCCAUCCCAGCCUUUGAUGUCCAGUCCCUCCUGCCCUCUGACCUGGGGCGGUACUACCGAUACAAUGGCUCUCUCACCACUCCUCCCUGCUUCCAGAGUGUCCUCUGGACCCUCUUCACAGAGACCGUCAAAAUCUCACACACACAGCUGAUGAAGCUGGAGACAGUGCUGUAUGCCAGUAAGGAGGACGCUGACCGCGUCGUCAUGCAGGACAACUACCGUACACCCCAACCACUUAACGACCGGACCAUCCUCGCAUCCUUCCCUUUAGAAUCAGUGAAGGUGUACACUGCCGGAGAGAUCACAGCGAUAGUAAUAGGAGCUCUGUGUGGCUGUGUUGGUGUGGCUGUCAUCAUUCGCUUCAUAGUGAAGACUAUACGCUCCACCUCUAGCUGGGACGUCCUGCCCAGUGUCCGGCCCGGCCCCGUGCCCAGGACUAUGGAGCCAGGGAAGGAGCUGAAACAGGACGUGGCCCUCAACACGACCACUGAACCAGGAAAAAAAGAAGAUCCUGUCCCCCCCUCAGUCUGAGACCAAUCAGAUACCUCCAUGAACAUGUCACACAAUUUGUAAUUGAAGACUGUAUAGUCCGAACAAUGUGAUUAUGAAAUCAGCCCUGCACAUUCCUUGCCAGUGGAAGGCCUGUGUGUGUGUGUGUGUGUGUGUGUGUGUGUGUGUGUGUGUGUGUGUGUGUGUGUGUGUGUGUGUGUGUGUGUGUGUGUGUGUGUGUGUGUGUGUGUGUGUGUGUGUGUGUGUGUGUGUGUGUGUGUGUGUGUGUGUGUGUGUGUUGCUUGUCUGAAUUAAGCUGUAAAUACAUUAAGCAUCAAAAUAAAGGAGUUGAAUGAC